AUGUCCGACAACGGGGUCCCUCAGCCAGGACCAGCGAAGCUGAAGCGCAAUGCUGGGCCGGAUGAGUGGCUUGAGGCAGCCAAGAACUGCAAAUACCUCUCAGAGGCGCAUAUGAAGCAGCUCUGUGAGAUCGUGAAGGAGUACAUGAUGGAAGAAUCGAAUAUCCAACCCGUGUCCACACCCGUCACAGUUUGCGGAGAUAUCCACGGCCAAUUUUACGACCUCCUAGAGCUCUUCCGCGUCUCCGGUGGAAUGCCGGAUGCCUCUCUGGCCGAACCCCCCAAGUCUGUGAUUACAUCGGAUGACAUCGAGCCGCCAACCUCCAUAACGGAUCCGGAGCUGAGGAAAAAGCUGAAGAACCCGGGGGCUCCGGAUGAUGACGAUGAUGGAGACGCGCCCGAGGAUACGGCUCAAAGAGAGCGAUCUUCGAGCUCAGGAUCUGCAGAUGUGGUAGUCAACCGCAAUUUUGUGUUCCUCGGCGACUAUGUGGAUAGAGGAUAUUUCAGUCUGGAGACUUUAACUCUGUUAUUAUGCUUGAAAGCGAAAUAUCCUGAUCGAGUAACACUGGUUCGCGGCAAUCACGAGUCCCGACAAAUCACACAGGUCUAUGGUUUUUACGAAGAAUGUCUACAAAAGUAUGGGAAUGCUUCCGUAUGGAAGGCUUGUUGUCAAGUGUUCGAUUUUAUGACCCUCGGUGCUAUUAUUGAUGGCCGGGUUCUGUGCGUUCACGGAGGAUUGAGUCCGGAAAUCAGGACCCUGGAUCAAGUCCGUGUCGUCGCCAGAGCCCAGGAAAUUCCACACGAAGGAGCGUUUUGUGACCUUGUUUGGUCUGAUCCAGACGAUGUCGAGACAUGGGCAGUUAGCCCCCGAGGAGCCGGUUGGCUAUUCGGUGACAAGGUUGCGGAUGAGUUCUGCCAUGUGAACGACCUAACCCUUAUUGCCCGAGCUCACCAGCUCGUAAACGAGGGCUACAAGUACCACUUCACAAACAACAACGUGGUUACCGUCUGGAGUGCACCUAACUACUGCUACCGCUGCGGAAACCUGGCGUCAGUAUGCGAAAUAGGAGAGGACCUGAAUCCAAAGUUCAAGCUGUUCGGUGCUGUUUCUGACGACCAACGGCAUGUACCACAGGCGCGGGGAGGGCGCAGCGAGUACUUUUUGUAG